GCGCUCACAUCAAAAUUGGCGCUGCAGCUAUGAAGUGUAAACAUUGUGGAUGCACCAAUUUGGAGGAAGAUCGUGCACGGGCUGACCUAAUAUGUCUCGAUUGUGGAAUGGUUAUGGGUGAAAAUGUUAUUUCGUCAGAAGUAGAAUUUUUUGAAACGAGUGCUGGUCAAUGUAGUGCAGUCGGACGUUUCGUUUCAGAUGAAAGUCAGGCAGGAAACAUCAAAGAAUCACGACAGGUCACGGAAAAUAAAGCUCGUCGAAGGAUUGACACUAUUUGUGGCCAGUUACGCCUUGGCAAUGACAUAGCUCUGUCUGCCUUCCGCUAUUAUCAAAGCGCACUUUUUCGUGGGCUAACACGAGGUCGUAGUGCCUUCACAGUUGCUGCAGGUUGCAUUUAUCUUGCGGCUCGUCAGUUGCGUGUCAAUUUAAUGUUAUUGGACCUCAGCGACGCAGUAGGAGUUAAUGUUUACGUCCUCGGUCGUGUCUACGCAGACUUGAAGAAGCGACUGAACCUAGCAAUACCAGAGAUGGAUCCUUGUAUAUAUAUCGAUCGUUUCGCUAGUCAACUGGAGUUUGGAGAUAAGGUGUCAACAGUUGCUACGACUGCUAUGCGUUUAUUACAAAGAAUGAAGAAAGAUUGGAUCGCAACUGGUCGACGACCCAGUGGAUUAGCUGCAGCAGCACUACUUGUUGCUGCUCGUAUUCAUGAGUUCAACAGAACAGAAGAGGAUGUAGCUCGAAUUGCUCGAAUCAGCCAAAGUACUGCUCGAAAGCGUUUAGAAGAAUUUGGUCGCACUCCAUCAUCUGCUCUUAGUAUUGAAGCAUUUUUUUCAGUUGAUUAUACCGAAGAACAAGACCCACCAGCAUUUGUUGCUUCAAUGAAACAGGAAGAUGAAAAGAUAAAAAGUAUGUCAGAAGGAGCCAUGGCUCGUAUUACCAUGGAAAUAUCUGAAUUAGAACGUCGUAUAGACAACGAAUUACAGAAACUGGCUGGGAAGUACACUGCACGUACUAUUUCUACACAACUUUCCAAAAUAGAUGUUGGUUGUUCUAAAGGCAUAAAGCAUUUACUAGCUGAAAUGUCAGAUUCACUUAAAACAUUUGAUAUUGUAAAUGAUUUACAAAAAUUACCUAAUAAUAACAUUGAUUGUAGCAAUACUGAUACUACUGAUACAACAUCCAUUACAACCGAUAGUGUUGUUAAUCAAUCUAAAAAUGGUCAAGUUCGUGGAAUAUUACGUGAUGUUUUAGAUGGUUUAGUUGAACCAGAAUUAUUAGAUAGUUGUGUUGAAGAUUUACAUAUAUUAACUCAACAUUCUGGUACUAAAAUGUGUCAACUUUUGGCCGAAGCUGAAGAGAAUAGAAAUUCGGUUUCUGUGAAUAGUGAACAAAAACAAAUAGUACAAGAUGCUGACUCUAAACCAUCUGACAUUGAAGAAACAAGUAUUACUGGAACCAUAUCAAAAGGUACAAAGUGUUUGAAACUGCCCGUUUUCAUUCCAUCAACAACUGUUGUUACAAAGGAAGAAAAUAAAAUCGAAGAUGAUGCUUUGUACACUGGAGAUAUUGAUGAUGAAGAAUUAGAUCGAGAGUACUUACUUCAACCUAGAGAAAUUAUGUUAAAAGCAGCUAUUUGGUUCAAAGCGAAUGCAGAGCAUCUCGAAUUGUCAAGAAAACGAAGACUAGCCAAACUACAAAAACAACAGCAACAACAAGAACAACAUGAAGAUACUAAAACUGGUCAUAAAAAGCGUAAAACGGUCAGUCGUAAUAAUUAUGCAGCAUCAAGAAUGAAUCGUAAUGUUAUUUCCAGAGCAGAUGAUCCGAAACCGAUGUCUCGUAAGAUUAACUAUGAAGCUCUUGAAGCAGUUGUUGGCCUUUCAACAACCUGUCCACCAGUUGACGUAAUCAAUAAGAACAGUGAAACGGUAUCGGUAACUGAUGUGGAUACUGUCACUGAACCGAGACCUGGUCCAUUACUUGCAUCCACUUUAUGUGAUAAUGAUAAUUCUGGAGAUUUAUUCAGAUCUCCUAAAUAUAUCCGAAAUGACAAUAGUAAUAGCAGUAAACACAAGUUACUUGCAUCUGCGAAUCUAGCAACGUUAUCCAAUAAUAAUAAAUAUACAGUGCAAGGUCAAGAUUUAGAUGAUCAUAACAAUAAGCGUGAGAGUGAAGAGGAGAACAACAGUGAAGCAGAAGAAGAGGAAGACGAAGAAACUGUUGGCGAAAACAACAUUUAUAAUUCAUAUUUACCAAAUUAUAGCCAUGAAAUCGAUGAUGAUGAUAACAACGAUAUAGAUUGGUCUACUGGUGCUGAAUUAUGGUGAACAAUAUAUUUUCCACUCAAUAACAGUAAUAUCCUUAAUGUAUAUAGUUGUAUACAUGUUUGUAAAUGUAUGCUCCUCUGUCUGUAUGUAUGUAUGUAUAUAUCUAUUUCCUUGUUUCUUUCUUGAUUUAUUUAUUUGACUAUCCUAUAUUUGUUUGUGUACAUAACUUAUUUGCAUUUAUUUUAAUAUAGUGUUUAUUGAAUUGUAAAAUAUUAUCAGGUUACGAAACAUGAUUUUGUUCUACGUUUAGUAUUUGAUGUCCGAACUUUAAUAGUUUUUUUUAUGCAACAUGAUUUUUCGUAUCA